GGAAACCGAAUGGAACAAGAACGAGAACAUCCAAACAAUAGCAAUAACCCUAUCGAAUCCGAUCUCAACAAACAAAACAAACACCAAUCUUUGUUCACGGCAUAUCGAACACUCGCUCGAUUCCCCAAACAAUCACCAGCGCAAUAGCGACUAGAUUCCACAACGACUAACAAAGCAAGCGAGCAAGCAAUCCACGAACUAUUGACAUUAUUAAAGCACCAUGACGAUUCUAUACGCUCUCGUAUCUCGACAACAGACGGUUCUGGCCGAAAACACCAAUGCCUCGAGUAAGUUCUUGUUGCAGUAAUUGUUGAAUGAAAUCAUUCUGUUUGUCGUGAGGUAACGAAGUACACAAAUAGCAACGAUACACCUCUAUUCGAGUUAUUGCUCACUCUCCUUUUUUUGAAUCCACGAAUGAAUGCAUCGUCAUCGCAUGUUCUCGCGAAUACUAUUUCUUGUUGAAUAUGGAAUUCCAUCAUGGAAUGACUAUAUUGUAUCAACCCAACCACAAUGGAAUCAACCAAUCGAUCGCGGCGGAAUUCCCGAAUACUCUGCGAACACACAACAACAACGGCAACGACAACAACAAAAUCGUUUUAUGCAAAACAAAACAACGCGUGCGAACAACCCAAUGUACAAUGCAACAACGCAUCCGCGUCCACAGCCACGGGCAACUUUCCAACCGUCACGCGGGUCCUGCUCGAGAAAAUCCCCCCGCAGGACGGCAGGAUGACCUACGUGUACGACGAGUACGUCUUUCACUACGUCGUCGAGAACGGGAUCUGCUACCUCUGCAUGUCGGACGAACCGAGCAAGCACCGGAUCCCCUUUGCCUUUCUGGAGGACGUGAAGCAGCGAUUCCUGCAGCAGUUCGGCCUGGAGCAGGCGCAGCAGGCCAUUGCCUUUUCCAUGAACGAGGGCUUCAAGGCGGUCCUGGGCGAGCGGAUGGACUUUUACGGGACGGAGGAGGCCGACCGGUCCAUCGACAACAUCGGGACGGUCAAGUCCCAGAUCGACGAGGUGAGGGACACGAUGGUCCAGAACAUCGAGCGGGUCCUGGAGCGGGGAGAAAAGAUCGAGCUGCUGGUCGACAAGACGGACCGGCUCAACCAGCAGGCCUUUCGGUUCGAGUCCAACAGCCGGUCGCUCCGGCGGACCCUGUACUGGCGGCAGAUGCGGACGCGGGCCUUUCUGGGGGCGGCCGUCCUGGCCGUCCUGUGCCUGGCGACGGUGUCCGCGUGCGGGUUUGGCCUGCAACGCUGCCGAUCGUCGUCGUAGGCGGGCAAGGGUGCGGAGCGUGGCAUCCACAACGAGUGUAGUAUAAUCAUCGACCAAUGCAGUAUAGGUUUUUUUAAAAGUAAAAUUGUGGUAAGAAU